AUGGACCAAAAGACCACUGUCGCCCUCCUUGAGCUUGCUGCAAAGAGUCUGCUGAAUAAUGAGCCUGCAGCUAUCCAUGCCCUGGACGAAAUCCCAAGAGACCUCUUUGUUCCAUUGUUCAACGCUGCCUUCUUGGGUGGGCAUAAGACGAUACUAAGGGCAAUGGUGAGGGUUUGGCCUUUUCGCUGUCUCCAUAUUGGGUCAUUGAACACACGAGAGUCAUACUAUGACAUCUUGGAAGCCAUGAUUGAUGGUCUGCAGAUCCUCCCUGCCCAGAACUCUUCCUCUUGUAAGAUUCAGCAGAAUGUUGGGUCCUUGCACGUCUGCUGCAGAGAUUUGCAAAUCGAUAGAAUGUCUGGGCACAAAAGUAUCCUGCAGUUUCUGGAUCUGGGGUGCAUUGAGAACCUGGAAAUGGAUCAGGCUAAUCUGAGUGAAGUCGUCACCCUUUUGGCUCAGAUGAUCCACCUGAACAGCCUUACUCUGUGUAACAUCCCCUUUAAAACUUAUAAUAGAAGGAAAUUCAGAUCUUUUCUCCUCUGCCUUGGGCGGCUGGACCAUCUCCAGGAGCUGAGCUUGUCUUUCUUCUGCCUCACAGAUCAACUGCACAAACUGCUCAGAGUUGUGCCACCUCAGUUGGAUUCACUGUAUCUACCUCACUGUCAGCUUUCUCACAGAGAUGUCACUGUCCUGUCCCAGAGCUCUCAGGCCACCCACCUAAGGGUAUUGAGUCUCAGUAACAACCACAUCUUCUCAGAAGUUUAUGAGCCCUUCCAGGCUCUGCUGGAGAAGGUCUCAAGCACCCUGCAACAUCUGGUGAUAAACAAUUGUAUGAUAACUGAUUCUACUCUCUCUGCCGUCAUCCCAGCCCUGAGCCACUGUACUCAGCUCCAUGUCCUUAGCUUUGCCUUCAAUCCCAUUACAAUGCCUGUGCUCAAGAGCCUUCUGCAGCACUUGACUUCCUUGAUGAAGCUGAAGCAUGUGAUUUAUCCUGUCCCUGUCCAUUGCUACGAGGAAUGGAUUAUUCAUGACCGUUUGGACCGACAGAAACUUGCUGAAGUUCAGGCUCAGUUGGAAGCGAUGCUGCACGGGGCACAGAGGAACGACAUGAAAUGGGUCAGUUGUUCAGAGUGA